AUGGAUAGCAUCGUCCAUCAAAUCCACACAUUAUCAACGCAGAAUGAAAGCGACCUCAAGAAGCUCAAGGACUUCUUGAGGACGGAGCAGGAGACCCUCAAGGCGAACGCGCCUCAGAUCGAUCAAGCCCUGCAAGCGCUGGAUCCUGUGCAAUGCACUCUGGGUGUCGCCUACCUGCUGCAGGCGCAGCUCAGCGCUGCCGCGUAUUCGAACCAGCUGGCCACAUUUGCCUUCAUUUGCAACUUUCUCCGAGUGGCAGAUGGGCUUCAGGCCAAGAAAGCAGCCUCGCCGAUGACAGCCGUGUGCCGGAGCUUCUCCCAGAUGGCCAUUGACCUUGGACAGCAGGCCAUGCUGAAAAGCUUGAAGCCUCUACGCUCCGCGCUGGGAAAGUUGCAAGACACGCCAGAGACCUUGACCCCCGUACAUUCGGAGUUUCUCCGCGUGUGCCUCAAGGUCAAGGUCUACCACCUUGCGGCUCAGCUUCUGGAUCAGCCAAUCUUCGACAUUUCUGCCAGCAAUAGCACUGGCAACAGCAGCCCUGCGCAAGUGACCGCGCAGAGCUUCCUGAGCUACUUCUACUACGGUGCCCUGGUGCGCAUCGGAAUGCGGGACUUCCCCAAAGCCCUGCAGCUGCUGCUCGUUGUCCUGACAUGCCCAGCCUCAUGCCUGAGCGCCAUUCAGGCAGAUGCGUACAAGAAGUACGUGCUGCUUUGCCUGAAGGUACAUGGCGAGGUGAAGCUGCUUCCGAUCUAUACUUCCCACAUCCUGGUGAGGUAUUCUAAGAGCCCGAGCUACGUGCUGGAUAUUGCAGAGGCCUUCAAGGCAGCAGACCUGGCUGCAAUGCAGAGGAUUAUUGAAGAGAAGCAGCCCGCGAUAGAGGUGGAUCAGAACAUGGGCCUGGCCAAGCAGGUGCUUGCCUCCAUGAGAAGACACAAGAUUCGGACCUUGACCAAGACGUAUCUCACGCUCUCCUUGGCAGAGAUUGCCACCGAGGCGGGACUGGGUGAUCACGUUGAGGCUGAGGCAGUGCUCUUCGACAUGAUCUCCGAGGGAGAGAUCCAGGCCCGGAUCGACCAGCGCACGGGCAACGUGUCCUUUGAGGAUGCGGAGAACUUAGACACCGACAUGAUGCAGACGCUCCAGGUGAAGCUUGGCCAGAUCAUGGAACUCUCCCAGAGGAUCAGCGGCUUCGAGCAGGAGGUGGUGACCAGCGAGUCCUACGUGCGCAAGACGAGCCUGCUGGACAUGUCCGGAAGUGCAG